CGGCCAUCUUUAAUUUGGGCAAUUACAGAAUGGAGUCGAGGUCGAGCGGUGUGCUUCACUUCCACAAUAGCCCUCAUCCAACGCCCGCACCCUGGUAGCAGCCGCUCGCCUCAAGCGUGAGACUUCGUGACUGAAGACGCCAUGGCCAGCGACGUCGCUACAACCGGGCCCGCCGCCAGGCAUCGCGAGAACUGGCGCUGCCCCCGUCCUCCCGGCCUGCUACUGCAGCAGCAGCGGGGGGUCCUUGCGCGACCUGUUUAGCUGUCUUCAUAAAAUGCCUGCUCGCGAUGUUUCCUUUUUCCCAAGAUGGCGUCGAUGCGGGAGAGCGACACCGGCCUGUGGCUGCACAACAAGCUGGGCUCCGCCGACGAGCUGUGGGCGCCUCCGAGCAUCGCCUCGCUGCUCACCGCCUCCGUCAUCGACAACGUCCGCUUGUGUUUCCACAACCUGUCCUCCGCCGUCAAGCUGAAGCUGCUGCUGGGGAUACUGCACCUGCCUCGCCGCACCGUGGACGAGAUGAAGAUGGCACUGACUGAAAUCAUCCAACUGGCCACGCUGGACUCUGACCCCUGGAUUUUAAUGGUAGCUGACAUCUUAAAAUCCUUCCCCGACACUGGCUCCUUAAACCUUGACCUCGAGGAGCAGAAUCCUAAUGUACAGGAUAUUUUGGGAGAGCUCAGAGAAAAAGUGGGUGAAUGUGAGGCCUCCUCUAUGCUGCCCUUGGAAUGCCAGUACCUGAACAAGAACGCCCUCACCAUGCUGGCAGGACCACUGACGCCCCCAGUCAAGCAUUUCCAGCUGAAACGGAAGCCAAAAAGUGCCACGCUCAGAGCAGAACUUCUACAGAAAUCCACAGAAACUGCCCAGCAGCUGAAGAAGACGGCUGGGGUGCCAUUUCAUGCGAAAGGAAGAGGUCUGGUCAAAAAAGUGGACACCACAACUCCUCUGAAAGGUAUUCCAAAGCAGGCGCCCUUUAGGAGCCCUACAACCCCGAGUGUAUUUAGUCCAACUACCAACAGAACUCCGCCUAUUGCGCCCUCCAGGACACCCCUCGGCAGGGAGAGAGGAGUGAAGUACUUGCAAAUAUCGGAUUUGAACAUGAUGGGAGCUGGGAGAGAAGCAAAGAGAAGAAGGAAGACUGUCGAAACGGACACUGUAGAAAAGCCUCCAAAAGAAGAGACCAUUGUGGAGAGUGCAACCCCUGAUUAUGCUGCUGGACUUGUCUCUACACAAUGUGCCAAGUUCAUGCAAAAUGAGAGUGCCCUUCCAUCUACAAGUUAUUUGCCAGCGACCCCCAGUGUGGUGCCAUCCUCCUCCUACAUACCAGCGUCUGAGACUCCACAAGGGUCAGUUCGGGAAGCUUUACAAACGGUGAGACAAGCAGAGGAGCCCACUACGCCCAACAACUCUCUCCCUACCCAGUUUAAACAACGGACGCCAAUGUAUCAUAGUAAUACCAAUGCUCCGCCCACCACUCCAACUCCUCCAGCUAUCCCAGCCUCUCCGCUGACCCCAACAACACAAGCUCCUCAGAUCACCCCUCAAACGCAGCCUUCGAACAAGAAACAGUUUAAGCUUACAGAGGAACAGGUGUUUGCUGCAAAAGAAAUGUUUAAGACUGCAAACAAGGUUACGAAGCCAGAGAAGGCGCUAAUACUGGGUUUUAUGGGUGGUAUAAGAGAAAACCCUUGCCCAGAACAGGGUGACAUUAUCCAGAUUAAACUUCGCGAGGACACAGAAGUAAUACAGAAGGGAGAUGGUACAGGCAGCACCACAAUGAUUGUCGAUACAGUUUUUGAAAUGAACUAUACCACUGGCAAAUGGACCAAGCUAAAAAAAUACAAGCCUUUAACCAAUGUCUCAUAGGGGGAUUCCAGGCAGUAAACUGCGGACCAAAGCCAGACUUGCAAGUUGGGUUCAACACAAAACGGUCGCCGUCCAGCUGAGUCUUCCCUCUGCCGCGGCUGGAAUCCGGAGGGAAGGGGGGGGGG